UUACCCGGGCCGUGUGCCCUAUCCCCGGGCUGUGUGCCCCGCUGCCGCCAGUUGAGGGACGGGGCGUAGUGCGGCUGCGCGGACUCGGACCGUUAGGUGUCGCCCGGAGCGCGGAGGGAAAACGGACUGGAGGCGGAGGCGGCGGGGAGCGGGAGAGGGAGAGAGAUUGAGAUUACCCCAUCGUUGCCGCUGUGAGGCCGGCCUGCAGCGUCUCCCCCGCUCGCUAUGGGGAACCGCGGCAUGGAGGACCUGAUCCCGCUGGUGAACCGCCUUCAGGACGCCUUCUCCGCCAUCGGCCAGAGCUGCAACCUGGACCUGCCCCAGAUCGCGGUGGUGGGCGGCCAGAGCGCCGGCAAGAGCUCGGUCCUGGAGAGCUUCGUGGGCAGAGAUUUCCUUCCUCGAGGAUCAGGCAUUGUUACUAGACGACCUCUGGUUUUGCAGCUGGUUAAUUGCAACACAGAAUAUGCUGAAUUCCUACAUUGUAAAGGGAGGAAAUUUACUGAUUUUGAAGAAGUACGUCAUGAAAUUGAAGUAGAAACGGACAGGGUAACAGGAACGAACAAAGGAAUUUCAUCAAUACCCAUCAACCUGAGAAUUUACUCGCCAAAUGUGUUAAACCUGACCCUGAUUGAUUUGCCUGGUAUCACUAAAGUACCCGUAGGAGAUCAACCACCAGACAUUGAAUACCAAAUCAGGGACAUAAUAAUGCAAUUCAUCAUUCGAGAAAAUUGCCUAAUUUUGGCAGUGACCCCAGCUAAUACUGACUUGGCUAAUUCAGAUGCACUUAAGCUGGCAAAAGAUGUUGAUCCUCAAGGUUUGCGGACAAUUGGUGUGAUAACCAAGCUGGAUCUAAUGGAUGAUGGUACAGAUGCCAGAGAUGUAUUGGAGAACAAGAUUCUGCCUCUUCGCAGAGGAUAUAUUGGUGUUGUCAACAGAAGUCAGAAGGAUAUUGAAGGGAAAAAGGACAUUAAAACAGCACUUGCAGCAGAAGGAAAUUUUUUUCUUUCUCAGCCAGCAUAUAGACACAUGGCAGAACGUAUGGGAACACCACACCUCCAGAGGCUUCUUAAUGAGCAACUAACUAACCACAUUCGGGAAACACUUCCAGCAUUGCGCAACAAGCUUCAGAGGCAGCUGUUAUCUUUAGAAAAAGAAGUAGAGGAAUAUAAGGACUGCCGACCUGAUGACCCUGCCAUAACAACCAAAGCUCUCUUGCUGAUGGUAAAGCAGUUUUCUAUGGAUUUUGACAAAAGAAUUGAAGGAUCGGGUGAUCAGGUGGAUACGUUAGAAUUAUCUGGCGGAGCAAGAAUCAACAAAGUUUUCCAUGAGCGAUUUCCUUUUGAACUCAUAAAGAUGGAAUUUGACGAAAAGGAACUACGGAGAGAAAUUAGCUAUGCUAUUAAGAACAUCCAUGGUAUCAGACCAGGUUUAUUUACCCCUGACAUGGCCUUUGAAGCUAUUGUGAAGAAACAGAUUGUGAAACUCAAGGAGCCUUGCCUGAAGUGUGUGGAUUUGGUUAUCCAAGAAUUAAUACAUACAGUUAGACAGUGUAGUUGUAAGCUGGGUCGGUACCCAAAACUGCGAGAGGAGACGGAGAGAAUCGUUUCCAGCUACAUACGAGAAAGAGAGGAGAGGACAAAGAACCAGGUUGUAUUACUGAUUGAUAUCCAGCUGUCUUAUAUCAACACUAACCACGAAGAUUUCAUCGGAUUUGCAAAUGCCCAACAAAGGACUAGCCAGUUUUGCAAGAAGCAGGCUGUUGGGAAUCAGGACUCUCAUCUUCCACUCUUGCAACAAAUUGUGGUAAGAAAAGGCUGGCUCACCAUCAGCAACAUUAGCAUCAUAAAAGGAGGUUCCAAGGAAUACUGGUUUGUACUGACUGCAGAGAGCCUCUGUUGGUUCAAGGAUGAAGAGGAGAAAGAGAAGAAGUAUAUGCUACCACUGGACAAUCUGAAAAUUCGAGAUGUGGAGAAAACUUUCAUGUCUAGCAAAUAUGUCUUUGCACUUUAUAAUACAGAACAGAGGAAUGUUUACAAGGAUUAUCGUUUUUUGGAGCUUGCUUGUGAUUCUCAAGAGGAGGUAGAGAGUUGGAAGGCAUCAUUUCUUCGUGCUGGUGUUUAUCCAGAGAAAUCCACACCUGAGAAUGAGGAGACAGGUGCAGAUAAUUUUUCUGUAGACCCUCAACUGGAGAGACAAGUCGAGACCAUUCGCAGCUUAGUAGAGUCAUACAUGUGCAUCAUUAACAAGACCAUACGGGAUCUUAUGCCAAAGAUAAUUAUGCACCUUAUGAUAAAUAGUACAAAGGACUUUAUCAAUGCAGAGCUGUUAGCAAAACUCUACUCCUCAGAGGACCAAAACACCUUGAUGGAGGAAUCACCUGAACAGGCUCAACGGCGUGAUGAAACUCUACGCACAUACAAUGCCAUCUGUGAAGCACUGAAUAUUAUCGGCGACAUCGACACUAACACAAUAACUGUUCCUUUACCCCCUCCUGUUGAUGAUUCCUGGCUACAUUCAGGGUGCAGAGCACCAUCUUCCUGUCCUGCACCUCAACACUGGCAACCCAUAGCUGGUCAUCUACCAAGCAGAUCAUUUGGACGAGGCCCUUCCUCAUCCACUCCACCUAUAGGAGCACCUCCCAUUCCGUCCCGUCCAGGGGCCCGCCCCACCCUGUCUAUUUCCAGCAACGCUGACUUAGUUGGAUGUCCCCCGCAGAUCCCUUCAAGGCCCACACGUGUUCCCAACGUCCCAAGAAACCCAAGAUCUGGAUCUGUUCCAGUGGAAGGAGAAAUAUAAGCAAGGCUGUGAAGAAAAAAAAUGCCAAGUUAAUCUUACCCUCUCGGUCACUAGCUCAGAGACAGACACUGCAUGUAUUUUGGCAGCUAGCACUCAGCUUGCAGUGAGUAACUGAGUUCCAAUGUGGAGAAACCAAAACGUGGCGAAUGAUUGCCAGUUCACUGGAGGAUUAGGUUACAUACUAGAUGUGCUGAAGAGCAGUCAGAUGAAGCCUUUGAUGGGCUAGGCUACCAGAGGAAGGCUGACGGAUGUACCCAAACAGACACUGAUACACUGGAAAGACCGCACAAAAAGUUGUGGACCACAGAGAAGUCCAGCUCCAACGUGGCAUGAGACACUGUCAAGCCUGACCCUUCCUUUUCCACAUAAAACAUCUGUGGAUGAUACAAAACCUAAUGGCCACUUGCACAGUUCCCAGUAUAACACAAAAGGGUUUUCAUCAAAAAUCUGUGUGUUGCAGUGGAAGAUCAGAUUGUUCCCCCCACCAUGGCCCUCGAUACCAUCGUUCACGAGUGUUACAGCAGUCUGUCAAGCUUUUAUCAUAAAGGCGAGUAAGGUUACUGAAGAGCCAACUUGGGAGAUCUCCAAAAAAAGACCCACAGGCCUGCUGUUCUCUUUCAAGAUGACAGCAUUUCCAUUCUCACUCCCACUCUUUCCAUGCCCAAAUGGUUUUGUCAGCCAGUUGUCCCAGAUUCCUGAGAGAGUGCCGUCGGAAACUUAGCCCACCAUGUCCAAAGCUCCAAGGCAGUCUGUCGUGUCACCUGAAGGUCCACAGCCUUCCAGCAUCCAUAUUGCAGCCAGUGGGGAG